AUGGCUCCCCCAGACAAAGGAAAGUAUAAAUACACCACUGGCAGCAACGCCGAAUCCUCGUCAUCAUCAACGCCUGUGGUCCUCGCUCUCAUCCACAACUAUCAUCAACUCUCCAUCCAACACAGACGUCGCCUACAGCACCAGCAACCAGCCUUUAAGGAGAUGGCCCACGUCGCACAAGGUCAACCCGUCAAGAUGUUUACCGCGUGCCAGCAGAAGGCCAACAACGCAUCGCACCCUCAAUAUCUUCCUGGUAUUCGGUGCCCUACCUGCCGCGAAUCUGGCAAAGAGGUGUGGGUACUACCCGGCAAAGAAUGCGGCUACUGCGGCACCCCCUGCGGGUAGGGAAGAGUGACCGGAAUUCUGGACGCCAGUUAAGUAGGAGCCACUCACCGCCCCGAGGCACAGGAGCUUGUCGCUGAUCUUAUAUAGUGCACGACCGGCAUCCAUGGCAAACGGUCGAUCGGGGUGGAUGGCCGACACAAGCGGAUAAUUCGUCAUGGAGGAGGACAACAACCGGGGUAUCGCAAUUCAGCAAGGGGCGCACUGGGUGAUUCACAAGAUAACACGGUCAAGAUGGGGAGAGAGCAAGUUGGGGCGGUUGGGCUGAACACCGUUUUGGGUCAGCGACACCUGGCUGGUCGACUGUGCCGUGUUGUUUGGCAACGAACUGGGUAUUGUAUCUUAAUGACGGGCGAGCCAAGUUUUAUUUGGUCAUCGUAUGUGUGAUGGCACAAGCGCCACGGAACGAACUCGAAGGCGGCUUGCAGGGUACGACUUGUAAUUCUAACGAAUGACGAGCAAGAAUUUCCUAAUUUCUUUUCUUCUGCACGCUGUGCC